AUGUCUGCUCAAGAUGAAGGGAGCCGGGAUCCCCCCAAGCCCAAGGGCAAGACCCUGGGCAGAUUCCUGGGAUCCCUGCCUGGCUUCAGUUCUGCCCGGAACCUGCUGGCCAACACUCACAGCUCAACAAGGGAAGCCCAGCCAGCCACAGACCCCACAGGCGCCCCUGCCCCCACGGCUGCCCAACCCCAGGCUCAGGAUCAGGGCAUCUCAGAGGCCAAAGAGCCCUGUGCUCAGCCUCCACAAGUCCUUCUGGGGGCCCCUGCCUCCACAGCGGCCACUGACCCAGAGCAGAUGGCCGGAGGGAAUCCGCCUUCAGAAAAGAAUGGCAGAGGCUGGGGUGGGUGGUGCUCCCCAGUUCUUCUCUUGACCACCGAUGUUGCUUCUCACCAGAUGAUGUCCAGGGAAAAGGACCUGGUGAGUUCCAAGAUGUCCAGGACCAAGGACGCCUUCUCCUCCGGGGCGACCAACGUGGUGGAUGCAGCCAAAGGGGCUGUCCAGGGAGGCCUGAAUACCACUAAGUCGGUCCUCACAGGCACCAAAGACACAGUGUCUGCUGGGGUCACUGGGGCAGCAAACGUGGCCAAAGGAGCCAUACAGACUGGUCUGGAUACCACCAAGACUGUGCUGACUGGCACCAAAGACACAGUGUCCAGUGGGGUGACAGGAGCCGUUAAUGUGGCCAAGGGGGCCGUCCAGACAGGUGUGGACACCACCAAGACUGUGCUGACUGGUACCAAGGACACUGUCUGCAGUGGGGUGACUGGGGCAGUGGGUGCAGCCAAAGGGGCCAUCCAGACAGGCGUGGACACCACCAAGACUGUGCUGACCGGCACCAAAGACACAGUGUCUGCUGGGGUCACUGGGGCAGCAAAUGUGGCCAAAGGAGCCAUACAGACUGGUCUGGAUACCACCAAGACUGUGCUGACUGGCACCAAAGACACAGUGUCCAGUGGGGUGACAGGAGCCGUUAAUGUGGCCAAGGGAGCCGUCCAGACAGGUGUGGACACCACGAAGACUGUGCUGACUGGUACCAAGGACACUGUCUGCAGUGGGGUGACUGGGGCAGUGGGUGCAGCCAAAGGGGCCGUCCAGACUGGCCUGGACACCACCAAGACUGUGCUGACUGGUACCAAGGACACUGUCUGCAGUGGGGUGACUGGGGCAGUGGGUGCGGCCAAAGGGGCCGUCCAGACUGGCCUGGACACCACCAAGACUGUGCUGACUGGUACCAAGGACACUGUCUGCAGUGGAGUGACUGGGGCAGCGAAUGUAGCCAAAGGAGUUGUCCAGGGAGGCCUGGACACCACCAAGUCGGUCCUCACAGGCACCAAAGACACAGUGUCUGCUGGGAUCACUGGGGCCGUGAACACAGCCAAAGGUGCUGUCCAGACUGGACUGAAUACAACCCAAAACAUAAUGACAGGGACAAAGGAUGCCGUCUGCAGUGGGGUGACCGGUACAGCAAACGUGGCCAAAGGGGCCGUCCAGACCGGCCUGGACACCACCAAGACUGUGCUGACUGGUACCAAGGACACUGUCUGCAGUGGGGUGACCGGGUCAGCAAAAGUGGCCAAAGGGGUUGUCCAGGGAGGCCUAGACACCUCCAAGUCGGUCCUCACUGGCACCAAAGACACAGUGUCUGCUGGGGUCACUGGGGCCGUGAAUGUGGCCAAAGGAGCUGUCCAGACUGGCCUUGACACCACCAAGACUGUGCUGACCAGCACCAAGGAUACUGCCUGCAGUGGAGUGACCGGGGCAGCAAAUGUGGCCAAAGGGGCCAUCCAGGGGGGUUUGGAUACCACCAAGUCAGUCCUCACCGGCACCAAAGACACAUUGGCUACUGGAAUCACUGGGGCCAUGAAUGUGGCCAAGGGAGCCAUGCACGGGGGCCUGGACACCACCAAGAAUGUGCUGACUGGUACCAAGGACACCGUUUGCAGUGGGGUGACUGGGGCAGCAAAUGUGGCCAAAGGGGCUGUCCAGACUGGCCUUGACACCACAAAGACAGUGCUGACCGGCACCAAAGACACAGUGUCCAGCGGGGUGACAGGAGCCAUGAAUGUCACCAAAGGGGUUGUUCACACUGGACUGGACACCACCAAGAAGGUCCUCACUGGCACCAAAGACACAGUGUCCAGUGGGGUCACUGGGGCCGUGAAUGUGGCCAAAGGGUCUGUCCAGACUGGCCUUGACACCACCAAGACUGUGCUGACUGGUACCAAGGACACUGUCUGCAGUGGGGUGACUGGGGCAGUGGGUGCGGCCAAAGGGGCCGUCCAGACUGGCCUGGACACCACCAAGACUGUGCUGACUGGUACCAAGGACACUGUCUGCAGUGGAGUGACCGGGACAGCGAAUGUAGCCAAAGGAGUUGUCCAGGGAGGCCUGGACACCACCAAGUCGGUCCUCACAGGCACCAAAGACACAGUGUCUGCUGGGAUCACUGGGGCCGUGAACACAGCCAAAGGUGCUGUCCAGACUGGACUGAAUACGACCCAAAACAUAAUGACAGGAACAAAGGAUGCCGUCUGCAGUGGGGUGACGGGUGCAGCAAACGUGGCCAAAGGAGCCGUUCAGACCGGCCUUGACACCACCAAGACAGUGCUGACUGGGACAAAGGACACCGUCUUCAGUGGGGUGACCGGUGCAGCAACCAUGGCCAAAGGGGCCGUCCAGACAGGCCUGGACACCACCAAGACUGUGCUGACCGGUACCAAGGACACUGUCUGCAGUGGAGUGACCGGGACAGCGAAUGUAGCCAAAGGAGUUGUCCAGGGAGGCCUGGACACCACCAAGUCGGUCCUCACUGGCACCAAAGACACAGUGUCUGCUGGGGUCACCGGGGCCAUGAACACAGCCAAAGGUGCUGUCCAGACUGGACUGAAUACGACCCAAAACAUAAUGACAGGAACAAAGGAUGCCGUCUGCAGUGGGGUGACCGGUACAGCAAAUGUGGCCAAAGGGGCUGUCCAGACUGGCCUUGACACCUCCAAGACAGUGCUUACUGGCACCAAAGACACGGUGUCCAGCGGGGUGACAGGAGCUGUAAACGUGGUCAAAGGGGUUGUUCACACUGGACUGGACACCACCCAGAAGGUCCUCACUGGCACCAAAGACACAGUGGCCACUGGUGUCACUGGGACAGUGGGUUUGGCCAAAGAAGCCAUCCACGGGGGUCUGGACACUACCCAGGCUGUGCUGACUGGCACCAAGGACACUGUCUGCACCGCCAUGUCCUCUGGUCUUGUUGGUGCGGGGAACAUGGCUGCAGGUGCCGUCCACACUGGUCUCAGCACCAUCCACGAUGUCUUACCCGAGACCCAGGACAGUGUCUGGGGUGGAAUCGCCCAUUCCGGGGACACAUCUGUGAUCUCCAGCAUCCCCAACACCCUCUGUGCAGGUCCUCCAAUGCCUGUUUCUGACACAGCAGCCCUCAGCCAAGGGGCCGCCCCAGGUGGGGGGAGCGUGGAGCCCAUGGCCGCCACACUGGGCCAUGGUGGAGCCACUGAGCCACUGGAAGAGCUGGAGGGGCUGGGGGAGAUCUUCCAGCCCAUGAGUGCAGAGGAGCAAGCUCAGCUGGCUGCCUCUGAGCCUGGGCCGAAGGUGCUCUCGGCUGACCAGGGGAGCUACCUCGUCCGCCUGGGCAACCUGGCACCUGGGUUCCGCCAGCGUGCGUUCGAGCACGCCCUGAGCCAUCUGCAGCACGGCCAGUUCCAAGCCCGAGAUGCGAUGGCCCAGCUCCAAGACUCCUUCCGGCUGAUCGAUAAGGCCAAACGGCCACAGCCAGACGAGGGUUCGAGUACUGCGGCAGCAGAAACCAGUACCCGAGAGGUGGAUGAUGCCAGGGUGCUGUCCAGGGUCUGUGGGCUUGUCCAGCAGCUGCAUGUGGCCUACAGUGGCCUGGCCUCGGGCCUCCAGGGCCUGCCCAGCGAGUCCCUGCAGCAGGUGGAGCGCGCACGGCACAGCCUCUGUGAGCUCUACAGCGUGGUGUCUGCGGCUGGCUCCCUCAGCGAGCUGCCGGCCGAGCGCCUGGCGCAGAGCCGCGAGGGUGUGAGCCAGGCAUGGCAGGGGCUGGAGCGGCUGCUGGUCCUGGUGCAGCACGGCCCCCCGCUCGGCUGGCUGGUGGGGCCCUUUGCACUGCCCCCGGGGGGACAGCAGCUGAGCUGGGGGUCUGAGGGGGGCUGCUGGACAGGUGAUGACGGGCCGUCCCUUGAAGAUGGUGAGCAAGCAUCCCAGACCCUCAGCAGACCCUCAGCUGCGGGUGAGGAAGCUGCCCAGGAAGUUCAAAGCUCAGAGGCCAGCGGCUGCACGCUGGGGCCCUGCCUGCCUUCCGACCAUCUCUCCCGUGGCCCUGAGCCGGGAGGUGGCGAGUCCUCCAUCUGGGAGGAGCUGCUGCGCUGA